UUGUAAAAAUAAUCUUCAUUAAUUGGGACAAGUUAACAAUAGUAUUUAAACAAAAGGAUUUAAAUAUUACCAUUAAUAGUAAUAAUAACAAUAACAUUCUAAAGAUCUCUUAUAUAUUCAAAAAGAUUAUUAUUUAAAUAAACGAUAAUCAUUUCGAAAAAAAAGAACGAAGACAGUUCUCUUCAGUUUCUACAUACAGAUUCUAAAUAAUAUUUCAAACAGGAACAUUUCAAUUCACAUUGUUUGUAUAAAUGUAGCUUAUAACAUAUUAACAACUUGUCAUAUUGUAUAACAUGCAAGAAGAUGAUACAAAAACUGUUACAACUGUUUCUGAUGAAACAGAAUCUCAUACAAAUACUGAUAACUGUGAACAUUUUGUACAGAAUGGAGAAAAGAAAUUAGAUAACUCUGGAGAUGGGAUUAAAUUAAUCACAGUUCAACCUAUUGCAAUUAAUAAACAUGUACAACAGAAAAAGUAUGAUGAUUUAUUAUUUAAGAAAUAUGAGAAAAUAUGUAAGAUAGGUGAAGGAGCAUAUGGUGUGGUAUUUAAAUGUCGGGAUAUUAAAUCAGGACAACUAGUGGCAAUUAAACAGUUUACAGCAUCUGAAGAUGAUCCAGUUAUUCGUAAAAUUGCAAUGAGAGAAAUUCGUAUGCUCAAACGUUUGAAGCAUCCGAAUUUAGUUAAUCUGAUUGAAGUAUUUCGAAAGAAAAAACGAUUGAAUUUGGUAUUCCAAUUUAUUGAUAAUUCUUUGUUAAAUGAAAUGGAACAAAGACCACGAAAGUUGGAUAAAGGGAAAAUUCGAAAGAUUACAUGGCAAAUUCUUCUUGCAACAGAUUUCUGUCAUCAAUCAAACUGUAUACAUAGAGAUAUUAAACCUGAAAAUAUUUUAAUUAAUAAAGCUAAUGAAGUGAAAUUAUGUGAUUUUGGAUUUGCGAGGUUUUUAAGUCCUGGUGGUGAAUACACUGAUUACGUAGCAACACGUUGGUAUAGAUCUCCAGAAUUAUUAGUUGGAGAUACACAAUAUGGACCACCGGUUGAUGUAUGGGCAAUCGGAUGUGUAUUUGCAGAAAUGUUACUUGGUUGUCCUUUAUGGCCAGGUUCUUCUGAUUUGGAUCAACUUUAUCUUAUAACGAAGAAUCUGGGUGAUCUUUAUCCCAGACACCGUCAAAUAUUUGAACAAAGUAAAUACUUUGCUGGUAUUCAAGUCCCAUCUUCAACAUCUGUGGAGCCACUAGAGAAACGGUUUGAAAGAACUUAUCCCCUGACUCUAAGUCCAAGAGAAUUGGAUUUUUUACAGGCUUGUGUACGAAUGGAUCCUUCAGAACGAUGGAGUUGUGCUGAAUUACUAAAGCAUCCAUACUUUGGAAUGCAUAGUUUAUCUGAGAAAAAUAAUAAAUUGUCAUGUAAAAUUCAAGAUUUAGGGACCAAUGUGAUAAAUGAUAUUAGUUCAUCUUCUAAUAUAAUGUUAAAAAAUGAAAAAUUAGUGGGAAUUGAAAAUUCAUCAAAGAAAAUUGAUUUUAAAGUUGGAAAUAAUAAAUUUGUCAAUCCAGUUUCAUACCCAUUUAAGACAACACUUCAGCCAAGAAUUAGAAUGCCUGGAUUUAGUCAAAAACCAAUUAAUACAUGGGAUUCUAUUGUGAAAAAGCCUCUACCAUUGAUCUCUACUCAUAAAACAUUUUAUCGAACAGCAGCAACAAAUCUAAAUUCUACAACUCCUGUUACUAUCGCAGUUACUUGUACAACUAAUACAAUAAAUAGUAAUAGUAAUAAUAAUAAUAUGUAUGGUGAUUCACGCGCACAUGCCCCAGUAUCAUUAAUUAAACCAAUUUUUUCAAAUCAUGCACAAAUUGUUCAAAAUAAUCAUACUUUACAACUUCAUCCAACACAUUCUAAUUUAGCAUUAACAACAAUUUCAAUGGGUUCCUUAACCGGUAAAACUGCAAUAAAUCAUGGAUUUUAUAAUUUAUCUAUUUCUAUGCCAAAUGUAGCUCAAACAAUUACAUUAACUACAACAUCUUCAACAGUAACAAUGAAUACAAUAACAACUGCAACAACAUCAUUAUUAAAUACAAUAGAAUCUACAAAUGAAAAUUAUUAUAAAUCAUUAUUAAAUUUAUCAUCAUAUUCACCAUUACAUAUCCCUAUACGUUUUAUGCGCCAAAAUACAGAUGAUCAUUCAUUUAAACAACAAUAUAAUCAAUUAAGUCAAAAGUCUAAGACAACAAUACAUUUGCCUAAUAUUUAA